GUUGCAAAGACCAACUGGGAUUUUUUUCCUCCUGCUUCCUGUCGCACAUGGACGAUGCUGCAGCUGCGGGCCUGUUAUUCAUCUGAUGUAAAUCCAGCUGAUGCGAAAUAUGUCCGUGGUCUCUGGAGCCUCCAGGUCCAUCCUGCAGCCUGAUAACGACGAACGCUCCUGUAACGGCGUAGUGAUUCACCUGCCACAGGCGACAGCAGCUAUUUGUGAACAAUAAACACAUCAGAGACCAAGAUGCUUCAGGGCUCAAAUGUCUUUGGGCAGGAGAGGCCCCUGGUCAUCAGGAUUUCAUUCACGACCUGUGUUGUGACGACUGUGUGUCUGCCACUGCUCGGACUAAUAACAUGUGUCUUCAUCUCCUCGGUUUUUCAUUUUGAAGACUCUACCGGCACACACUGCCAGGUUCCUAACUACCUGCCAUCUAUCAGUGCCUCAAUAAGCCUAAGCCCUGAGUGCCACAUAUGGCGCUUCUGCAUCGGACUGCACUCAGCCCCGCGGUUACUGGUGGCGUUUACCUACUUCAAAUUUUACAAGACGCGUUUCGCCUCCAAGUUCCCUGAGAGUUCACUCAGCCGCUUGAACCUGGCCUUCUCUCUUACUGAAAACCUCGGCCUCUUGCUCCUCACAUAUGUGUCGUCCAGUGAGACAUACUUUGUACAUAAGGAAGGCUUUGUCCUGUUCAUUAUCAGCUCCCUCGUCCACAUGCUGAUAACCUGCCGUUUGUGGAAGGCUAUUAAGAAGUAUUCUCUGAGUCCUGAGGAUGCAAAGUCUCACCUCUGGAAAGUGCGUUUUUUACUUCUCAACAUAUCCUUCUGCGCUUUUGCUGGAUUCUUUUAUUAUAAACACAACAUGUACUGCGAAUCAGGGAGUUAUACAUUUUUCGCCCUGUUUGAGUAUCUCGUCGUCUUCUCCAACAUGGCCUUCCAUCUCACGGCUGUGUGGGACUUUAAGAGCCAAGAGGUCAUGGUCAUUUCGUCCUCUGAAGAUAAAACCUUCUGACUAGAAACACAAGGACUAAGUGCUAAAUACACAACCACUCAACUCCCUGAUGAUAACAGCCCUGAUCCCACUCCAGAGGACGAGUGGGACGAAGGCCUCUUCCACAUAUAUUCGUGACGACUGCUCUCGAGUCCUGAACAUGGUGCCGAUGUCAACAAGUAGAAACAGAUAUGCAGAAGUGCUACUGUGGGGGUUGUUGAGUUAGCUGUAAGUGCUACUUUUAGCCUCAGUGUCUCAUUCAUGGAUGCCUUCACCUAUAUAGCACACAUAUAGCACAUUACGUAUUAUCAUUUGCAGGUAUUAACUUUUGCAUACUGCACAACAUAUGUGUGGUCUUACUGUAUAUGUGCCAAAGUAAA